GUCGUUUCAUCUUCAAAGAAUUUUUUUCAUCUGAAACCAAAAACAAAAAAAAAAACCGCUAGGUAUAGGUUGAUGAAAGAAAGCGUGAAGCGCGGUUUGAAAGUUUUGCCCUAUUCUUCUUCUUCUUCAACGAUGACGCACUUCAACUCCUAGCUCUGUUUUUUGAAUUCCGAUUUUCAAUUUCCCAAACCUUUUAGGGUUUUGGUUUUGAAUGGAACCUCGAAUUGGGAAUAAGUUCCGUCUUGGUCGGAAAAUUGGUAGCGGAUCUUUUGGAGAGAUCUAUCUCGGUACCAAUAUUCAAACAAAUGAAGAAGUUGCGGUUAAGCUUGAAAAUGUCAAAACCAAGCACCCGCAAUUGUUGUAUGAAGCAAAGCUGUAUAAACUACUGCAAGGAGGAACUGGGAUUCCGAAUGUGAAAUGGUCUGGUGUCGAAGGAGAGUACAAUGUCCUUGUGAUGGAUUUACUUGGCCCUAGUCUUGAGGAUUUAUUCAAUUUCUGUAACAGGAAGUUGUCCCUCAAAACUGUUCUCAUGCUUGCUGAUCAAAUGAUAAACCGAGUCGAAUUUUUUCAUUCCAAGUCAUUUUUACAUCGGGACAUCAAGCCAGACAACUUCCUCAUGGGUUUAGGAAGGCGUGCAAAUCAAGUGUACGUCAUUGACUUUGGUCUUGCUAAGAAAUUCAGAGACAGCGCAAAUCGGCAUAUUCCAUACAGAGAGAAUAAGAAUCUGACGGGAACUGCUAGGUAUGCUAGUAUGAAUACUCAUCUUGGAAUUGAGCAAAGUCGUAGGGAUGAUUUAGAGUCACUUGGAUAUGUUCUUAUGUAUUUCUUAAGAGGAAGUCUGCCUUGGCAGGGAUUGAAAGCCGGUACUAAGAAGCAGAAGUAUGAGAGAAUCAGCGAGAAGAAAGUUUCUACUUCUAUUGAAUCUCUCUGCCGUGGCUAUCCCUCAGAAUUUGCAUCAUACUUCCAUUAUUGUCGGUCACUGAGGUUUGAUGAUAAACCUGAUUAUGCUUAUCUGAAAAGACUUUUGCGCGACCUUUUCAUCCGUGAAGGAUUCCAGUUUGAUUAUGUCUUUGAUUGGACCAUUUUGAAAUAUCAGCAAUCUCAAAUCGCCCCUCCUCCUUCCCGUGGUAUUGGUCUUGCUGCUGGACCAAGUUCUGGUCUGCCACUAACUUCUGCAAAUGCUGAUGGACAGUCAGGUGGCAAAGAUGUUAGGAAUACUGGGUGGUCUUCAUCUGAUCCUACUCGUAGGAGAACUUCUGGACCUAUUGCCAAUGAUGGAAUCUUAUCUAGAGAAAAAGCGCCGCUUACAAAUGACUUAACUGGAUCUAAAGAUGCUAUGUUGUCAAGUUCGAAUUUCUUUCGGUCAAGUGGAUCUGCAAGGCGAGGUGCUAUCUUAAGCGGUCGUGAUGCAGUUGCUGGCAGUGAGACUGAGCCCUCCUCUCGUCCUCUAACGAUGGAUUUGAGUCAAGGUGCACUCCGUAACAGCUCUGGUGCUCAGAGAAGUUCACAUAUCAUGUCAUCUGAGCACAACCGAGUAUCAUCUGGAAGAAACACAUCAAACGUAAAGAAUUUGGCAGCUGCUAUUGAAAGUCUGCAUAUUAACGAUGAGAGGGCACAGUAUUAGCAGCUGCUACUCUCGAUCACCUUUCUUCCUUGUAAAUUCUGAAAGUUUUAUACUCAUUUUCUCAAACUACGGAGUGGGGUGUUGUCUGUGCAUUUUACUGAGAAAAACCUUCAAACAAAUUUGGGAACUAUCCCUCCAAAUAUACAAUAAAGAUAUGUUUUGGUGGUUUCCUAACAAAA